UUCCAUUAAAGAGCCCCAAAUGUGGCGGGUGGUGGCAAACAUCCUGCUAGGGGCCAAAGUCCCCGGAGGCAGGACAUGCUGCCCGCUGCCGGCGCCCCACGGCAGGGCCCUGCUCCCCGGGACCCCUCGGCAUCGCUGGCAGGGGGCUGCUCGGAGGCUCCACAGCGCCCGGCCGCUCAGCAUGAGCCUGGGAAUACAGAAGGUGGAAGCUGUGGACGCGGGUCAUUUACUCCGUGUGGAGUGGGAGGACGGGAGCGAGAGCCGCUACCCCUGCGUCUGGCUGAGGGACAACUGCCAGUGUCCCCGCUGCUUCCUGCGCUCGGCCAAGGCUCGCAGGCUGGUCUUCAAGGACCUGGAUGUGAACAUCGUGGCGAAGGAGGUCGCUCUGGCAGGUGGCAAAAAGAUCUCUAUUACAUGGCCUGAUGAGCAUGCAAGUGAAUAUGAAGCUGAGUGGUUGAAAAAACGAUGCUUCUCUGAAGAAGCCAGAGCAGAAAUGAGAGAAGAUUUAUUUUUACCAGAAUGCCAGUACUGGGGCUCAGACCUACAGCUUCCCAAAAUAGCUUUUGAAGAAGUCCUGUACAAUGACGAAAGUGCAUACAAGUGGCUUUGCACCCUAAAGAAAGUAGGAAUUGUGCUGCUGACAGGAGCUGCUGCUAGGCAAGGAGAGCUGAUUAAACUUGGCCACAGGAUUGGGUUCCUGCGUCUCACGUUUUAUGGACCAACUUGGCAAGUGCAAGACAAAGCAGACGCUAACAAUGUGGCUUACACAACUGGGAAACUAUGUUUUCACACUGAUUACCCUGUUCUGCAGCAUCCACCUGGGGUUCAGUUCCUCCACUGUAUAAAGCAAACCACGACAGGAGGUGAAAGCGAAGUUGUAGAUGGAUUUCACGUAUCCAACCAGCUGAAGAAACAAAAUCCUCAAGCAUAUCAGAUCCUGUCCUCUACUGCUGUAGACUAUACAGAUGUAGGGGUGGACUACUGCGAUUUUGCUGUGCAAUGUAAACAAAGGAUUAUAGACGUGGAUUCCAGAGGCCAAGCAGUUCGCAUCAAUUAUAAUAAUGCAACAAGAGACACAGUGUUUGACGUACCAGCUGAAAAAGUGAGGCCAUUUUAUGCAGCUCUAAAGGAAUUUGAUGAUUUAUUAAACAGCUCAGAAUACAAGUUUACUUACAAGCUGAAACCAGGGGACAUAGUGACGUUUGACAACUGGCGCGUGCUUCACGGGCGGCAAAGCUACGAGUCGGGGUCAGAAGUGACACGUCACCUGGAAGGUGCCUAUGCAGACUGGGAUGUGGCCAUGUCCAGGCUCCGGCUCCUCAGGAAGAGGCUCCUGAAGAGGGACUGAGCUUUCUUCUAACUUCUUUUCAGAAACUCAACAUCGUGAAUAUAUUUUUGACCUCCAUAAGCUAAGCAACGUGUUGUUCAUAAGAAUUUAUCUGUGCCCUGGUCUUUGAAUCUAUACAGUGCAUUGCUACCUCUGUCAGUUUAUUUGCUUUUAAAAAUCAGUGUGCAAAGUAGCUUGAAAGGUUAUCACUUUUCUGGGCUGACUGGGUAUCCCACUGCCUUAAUUCUCCUCUUCAAAUACACCUGCCUUCCCUAGCAAGCUCGGAAGGGAGCUUCAAAAAGGGGCUUAUAAGUAUUACUUACUAAUGGAUUGUUAUGAGCAGCACCUUCCUCUGUUUUCAAAAAGGCAUUCUUUAUUCCAUAAAUUAUAACUAAAAUUCAUUAUCAAGAUAAGCAAGCACUGCUGUGAAGUUAUUUUUACAUACACACCUAGAACUCCACUUUAACACAAGGUCUCAUUCAACAGAUGCUGGGUUCUGUACAUCCCGCUGUACCCCAUGACCAUCACAGCCACAAAUAACUUUUACUGCAUUUCUAAGUCCAUAAGCUCAGAAACCACAGAGUUACCAGAGAAUGUGUUGUAUUAGUUUACCUCUGCAUUAGGAACAGAAAUAAAUCCAGUCUAGAGGUGGCAGGGAGGGACAGAAACCCCAUCAGAUGCUGCUCACAAAUGUAACUUAAGAUCCGCAGGACAGACACACAGUGAGGAGGAGGAACUCUGAUGCUGCUUUGCAGUUAGAUAUCCCAAAGCACAGGAGGUGGUUAUUGACUCCACACCUGACAGAGAAGUGGUGUCUGAACUCAGACCCAUUUUUGUUACACCAAACACAAGAGCAUGUCUCUGAUACACUUGGUUUGCAGGACAAUUUCCUCCAGGUUGCAUUCUGAAUAGAGAUCACACUAUGUUAAAAUUACUGCAGCUGAAGUAGUGGUUUCUUCCCCAUAUUCAGAUGCCAAAUUGAAAGAGAAAGAAUUUUUAAAUACUUGAGUUUAUAGCCAACAAUACGUCCACUGAGUUUAUUCUUUGCUUUUUCACAAAAAAAACAAAAAACCCAACAUAAAUGAGACCCUAACGUAAGCUUGCAAACACUUCCAUAGCUUCUACUCAUCCUUUACAGGCAACACACAUCUCAGCUGAAUAAUCAAAUAAAACUAAAUUAGGAUUUGGCCAUGACCUAGUGUAGUGUGGUUUGAAUCCAUUCCUCUGUAGGUAGUGAAAUGUUUUCAAUCAAAGUUUUGACAUUAGGACGUACCUUAACAGAACUGGCUUUUAGUGGGAAUCUGACUUCUCAGUGGCUCCUUUGAUAAUAAAUUUUGCGAACAUGAGGAAAGUAUUUUUUUGCCUUAGCUAUAAAAGGGGAAAAUAUGAGGAGAAUUUAUUACCUAUAUUCUGUAAGAUACCAGCAGUACUGUGGUUUUACUGUGAUAUUUUCCAGAUAACAAUUUAGUGAAGAUUGCAAGUCAUAACUUUAAAAUAAAACACCUUGGGAUUUAUACUAGUGGUUAAUAGAGAUAUUUUCUGCUCUUUUUUCCCUGUACUUUUCUAAAAACUGUUUUAUUAAAACUUCUGUUUAUUAAAAACUACUUGGAGCUGA